GGCAGCACUAGCAGCUAUCUGCAGCAGUGAAAUAUUCCCUCCGCUGCGCUCAUUGUGCAUCGGAGAGCUGGACGUCAUCGGCUGGCCAAUCAGUGGCUCCCACUAGGCAGCCUCGGGUCUCAGUGGGGGGAGAAGGGACCCGCUAGAAGUCUUCCCUCUAAUAUCUGGCUCUCCUGGUUACUUGGUCUGGUCCCUCUUUACAAGAAGAACAAUGUUCUGAAUGAGAAACAAGGACGGAAAUCAUUUGGCUAAUCCUUAUUUAGGAUGAAACUUAGGAAAGUAAUUUCUGUUUCAGAUGGAAAUCAGGAAAGUCAGUGACUUAGACACAAAGUUUGGGAGCAGACUGUUUCAGGAGGCUUUGGAUAAGCAAAGACAAGGCAGGAAAAUGACCUAAUUAGCGUCAACCGUGACAGACAACCUGGUGAAAAUGUGUUGGUGGUAAUUUCCCCAGUUUCACCCACAAAGAAGACACAUGCAUCAGUGCACAAACGCGUACGUCGUAUUUGCAAACCCUGCCCUUCCCUUCCUGCCAAUCGCCCCAGUCCUCCAUGGAUUCUUACAGCUUCCAUUUUGAGAGAAUGAGCAACGUGGAUCUGCAUCCUCUGAGCCUGCCCGUCAGCCGGCUUUCUCCAGCCAAGUCCAGCAGCAGUAUCGUCGACCAACUCGCCCACCACCAACACGGCAAAGGAGACUCUGCUUACAGCUCCUUCUCCGGUGGGUCCACUGCCCCAGACUACCCCUCUCCCUUCCUCACAGACGACCUACAGUCCAGCUCCUUCAGCCAAUAUGCUGAUCUGAAGUAUGUAAAGUCCAUUUACAAUCCGACCCAGGUUGUGCAGUCUGACUCAAAGACCAUGGACCAGCUCUAUCGCUCUGUUGAAGCUAUCUCACAGCAAUAUCGCAACAAUAACAACAUCAUUGUAAACCACCAUAACCACAAUGGCAAUGAGAGUUUCUAUCCCAACAACAAAGCAGCCGCCAAGCAAGAGGUGCCUCUUGGAACUUCAUCCCAAAGCGCUUACCCUCCUGUCCGUCCUCCUCCAGUCCCGGCACGCUUGGAUAGUUACAUAGCCAUUAAAAACUUGGAGAACAGUGGAGUUCACCACCAGAAUGCUGAAUCUCAACCCAAGCAGCAACUCAGACCCCACAAUCGUCUCCAUCCUGGUCUUAAUGCUACAAAACAUGAGACGGCUAAUUCAGAUACAGGCAACCCAAACAUCAAUUCUGAACCAGUGUACUCAGUUUGGAGAGGCUCUCAACAGCAACAAGCCCAGCAGCCACCAAGCUACCGACCCCAUCUCCAACCUCAUGAUCAGACCAGGGUGAACCCAGAAUACCUUUUCAUCACGGAUAGCAAAGCAGCCCACGAGCAGCAGAAGUCAACAAACACAAGCCGAUCGCCUCCCCGAGGUACAAGCCAGCCCAAUCACCUGGCACACAAACAGCCCUCAGGUAGUGGUCGAGGUAGUGGAGACCAUCUUAACAAACCCAGUAGCAGUAGCCAUUUUGAAAGUCAGCGCAAAAGAUCACACUCUGCUCACGAUUGGCUUGGCUCAGAAUCAGCCCGAGCUUCCAGCCCCUGGAAUGGUGGUCAGAGUUUUAUCAGCAGCAGCAUCCAGCAUAAAGGUCAGUUCUACUUCGUCACUGGAGUAUGUAAGCAGCCUGAGUCUAGUACGAGGACACAGUCUGUGUCUGUUUGUGGGUCUGAGUCUGGAAGUGAGAUCUCCACUGUGUUGGAGACACACCAGCAUAGAGAGAAGGAAAGAAGCCAUAGCACAAUGGAUAAUUUGUUUAGACCUCUCCAGCAGAGUUCUCGCUCUUCCAGUGGUACGAUUUCAGAUGAGAGAGAGGUUUUCACCUCUGUGUCCCAGGGAAAAGACCUGAUGUCUAAGAGCCAGGAUCAGGAGAAUCACAGACCAGCCCUAAUUUUGACUCAGUCCUCUCGAAGCUUCGACACCUUAGAAGAAAUCGACAUGAUGCAGACUCGAGACAUUGGCCGCCACACUGCCGACAACCCUAUAUUCUACUGUGGACCUGAAAGGAACUGCCCAACACCGCAUUCAACCACACAAACGAAGGAAGUCAACUCACUGAUUAGUAAUGAACAGCCCAACCACCAUAAGAGGGAUGAGCAGGCAAAGAGAGGGAAACGGCAGCCUUUGGGGGAUGUUGCAAGUGAGAGGAUAAACAAAGAAACAACCCCACUUCUGUAUCAUCUGACUGGAGCCAGCAGGGUGGCGUUACAGCCUAAGAAGGAUCCAGAUUUCAGUAUAAGAAACAAGAAGGCAAUCCUAGAUAAAACCAGCCAAGGGGAUGUGACAGUCAAUGAUAACGAGAGACCUUUGCAAGGUGACAUUAGCAAGAGCAAUAAAAGUGAAGUUGCGUCCGUUGCCUGUAACACCUUAGAUGACUCAUUUAAAAAAUACUACAAAGAGAAGCUCAAGGAUGCCCAAUCGAAAGUCCUGAGGGAGACGUCUUUUAAACGGAGGGACCUGCAGCUGUCUUGGCCACACCGCAUGAGGCAAAAACCUGAACUGAGACCAACAGUGAUUCACUCGUUCUCCUCAUCACAGGACUCUGAAACUUCCACAGACACACUCACUCCUUCUGUGGCCUCUGAGGAGACAGAGAAGGGAAGCAUUAUAGAAGAAGUCAUUGAGAAUCAGAAGGAGACAGACGAAGAGACUGUAAAGGAAAACGAAAGGCCGACAAAUGUGGCCCAGCCUCAGGUAGCACGUAUUGGAGGCAGGAAGAGACUGACUCCAGAGCAGAAGAAGAUGUGCUUCUCCGAACCAGACAAACUCAACCAGCUCGGUAGCACACCUAGCCACUCGGCUUGCCGCUCCUUCGGCAAUGAGAGCGAAAAUCCAUUUUCAGUUGAAUAUGAGCAGGAGGAGCAUGUGCAGCAAGGAGAGCAGGGACUGGUUGCAGCACGGCGGAAGAUUUUUGAAACGAGAGGCCGAGCUAUGUCCACCUCAAGCAGCUCAAAGACAAACCUGAAACAACUGCAACAUAAGGCUCUCGUGGAGUACAUGGAGCGCAAGACAGGCCAGAAAGUAGCAGAGCCCCAGCAAGCAUCACCUCAGCUACCACCACCGCCCAGACAGAGGCACUCUCUGGGGGAGAAACCAUUUGACUGGGGUCCCAGGCCUCUAUCAGGGAAUCAUGAAGGUAAAACUACGAAGAAGAAGCUCCACAGACCGCAUUCUGCAGGCCGCAUCCUUGAUUCCUCCACCAGCUCUAUCAGGUAUGCUCAGUUCUUCUCAGCACAGUCUUGUUCAGGCCAAUAUGCUGGCCAGCAGAGUCAGUCCAGAUGGAGGGAGAGCCGAGGUCCAUCUCAGGGAAAGUCUGCUUCAGUGGAGAGUCUCUUGGACCAACCAGAACCACCUAGUUUCUUCAGGAACCGUUCCACAUCUACACCCCAUGCAUUUGAGGCACAUGACUAUGAGGAGGAUCCAUUACCAGUUAAUGCUAUGGAGACUUCAAGUUCCCAGAGGAAUGUCACUGAGAAAGCCUUGUCAAAGCCAGCCCCUGAGGGCCAGCAGCGUGUCCGUGUGGUUGCACAAAGAGGGAAGUCCAUGGAAGAGCUCGGGGCAUCAAAGUUAACAAAACUGUCAGCCCUAAGUAAAAGUUCUGAGCAGCUGGAUCAACUGUGGAGACAUUCGACUGGGCCAGGAGGAUCAGACAGAGAACAGAGGAGUGCUCCAUACUUUGCUGAUGUUAGAGAAGCCCAGGGGCAGGAAAGAGGGAGGAAGAAACAAUAUGUGUCCGAGCAAACAGGAAAAGAAACAGAGGUUGUCGUUCAGAAGAACACUCAGGAACAGACACAAAACCAAACCCAGAAAAAGUCCCUGUUGAGGCAGAGCUCUGAUCCAGUGGAGGAGGCAACAGCAGGACCAAGGAACUCGAGUAGAUCCACCUCCCCGACUUCCUGCUCCUCCGCCCGGGCCAGGGUUCACUCUGCUCCUUCUGGAUCACACAGCCCCAUCACAGAUGAGCCCAAAUCCAUUAGAGCCCUGAGUGAGACUUAUUCUAGCCCACCUUCCCCCAAUGGUCCAGAGUUCAGUGAGAGGGAGAUCAAAUCCACCUCAUCCACACCCAUCCAGACAAAGCUUCCUUGUGAAAACAGGCCGAGCUCCAGUAGAGUCAGGACUUGUCCAUCUGUGACCGGAUCAGACAGAGAGCAGUCGGUGGAUGAACCCAGCAAUGUGGCCCAACCGCCUGAUUCAAACCAUGAAGUGUCUCUGAGCUGCGGCGUCACCACAGAUCCUUCGCUGUGGAUUCUCCCACCAGAAGAAGAGAUCAAAGAGGAAGUCCAGACUUCUCCACUGACAGACAGCGUUUUUGAUGAGCCCAACAGCUCAGUCCCUCCAAAGCAGACAAGCGAAGCCUCUGUGUCCCCCUGCACCUCCAUCUCCGAAGCAGACGUCAGUCAGCAGGGGGAAGAGGAGAAAGACCCUGACGUGGAAGAUGAGAAGGUGGGAGAAAACCAGGAGAUGGAGGAGAGGGGAACACCAGAGGGAGAGACAGAGAGCCUGGAGAAGGCUGCUGAGAGACCUCAGUGGGAGGAGCUUGUCAAAGCAGUGGUCAAGGCGGACCAAUCGUUGACCAGAGUGCUGUACCCGCUGGCCAAUCGAAAGACGGCAUUGAUGUUGAUGGAACAGCUGCUGUCAGAAGACACGCUGCUGAUGGAGGAGCACUACAAGAAGAAACAGGAGCAGAAAGGAGCUGCAGAGAGUGCUGAAACGGUCGAAGGGGCUGAACCAUCUCCCUGUUCUGCUUCUGAAAGCCAGAAAUCUCAAUGUACAGACAUACAAAGCAAAGCAGAUAUCAUUGAGAAGAAGCGAUUGUUAGUGUCCUAUAUCGAGGAGCGUCAGCGUUCACUGGAAGAGUCUCGUGGUGCCCUCCAGGCAGAGAUUCAGGAGAAUGCGGCCCGUGGAGAGGCGCUGGAGGUGCUGGUACGUGAGCGCUGUUUGCCCAUGGAGCUGGAGAGGUACAACCUGUUCAUAGGUGACCUGGAGAGGGUGGUCAGCCUGCUGCUGUGCCUCUCUGCUCGGCUGGCCAGAGUGCAGAACGCCCUGAGCACCGUGGACCAACAUACAGAUGCCGAGGAGAAGGAAUCUCUGGACAGUCGCCACCGUCUGCUAUGCAAACAGAGGGAGGACGCCAAAGAUCUGAAGGACAACCUGGACCGCAGAGAGAACCUGGUCUCCACCUUCCUGUCGCGUCAGCUGUCCACUGAGCAGCUGCAGGACUACCGGCGCUUCGUGCAGACCAAGGCCUCGCUGCUGAUCCAGCAGAAGGACCUGGAGGAGAAGCAGAGGCUGGGAGAGGAGCAGCUGGAGGCCCUUUCCAACAGCCUGAAUCUGUGAGGGGGAACUGAAUGAGGAUGGCCUGUUAAAAAGAGACAUGUAGCUGUAUUUUUCUGGCUCUGUUAGCCUGAUAGAGUUCUAGCGGACCUCUCCAAGCCUUUGCACCCCGUCAUAAGAGUUUGGCAGAACCACAGGACGACCCAUCAUGUCAUUCUCUUUAAUAUAAGCGGUACAUGAGGUGAGCAAUAACGAGUGCUAAGACUGAAGCUACUCGCCUUCCUGUCUUCUAUCCAGACUGCUGAGAACGCUCACCGACUCUCCGCCCAUCAUAGUUCUCGUCCCGAUAUCGUACGUUUCCCUGUCCCUUUGAACGGGGCUGAACCGUAUUUCUGUGCCUUGAUAUAGUCGUCGCUGUGGAACAUUUACCAUUAGAGCUGCUGUGCAGAAACUUUGCAUCCCUUGUUAGCAACGUAGAAACUGCUUUUCACUUUUCAUUAAGACGAUAGUUCUGCAGCCCUGUAUCUGCACCUGUGGAAACCUCCUAUAAGCUUUAAGAUUGUAUUUGAGCAGCGGGAAGGCUUCAGUGGAAGAGAGUAGCCUGAGAGAGGGCUGGUGUACUGUAUCAUGUCGGUAAAAUGUACAAUAGAUGUAGUAGAUUUCAUUUCUUUUUUUUGAUGUUCUUAUUUUUAAAUGUGUUUCAAAUUAAGGCACUAAAAACCAAAAAAGGUGAAUGAAAAAAAGCACUUUGUAAAGAUACAUUAAUGCACAUUUCCUCAAAUCAGAUUCAGAAUCAUUUCAAGUGAAAGCCUUACUCCAUCCACUUAAACAAUAUCCCUUUUUGUUUUUCUUCUUCAGUUUGUUUUGCCGUUAAUUUCAGUACUUUUCCAGCUAAUUUCAUACUUUGUGUUGUGAAGUCUAGAUGAGGUUUUGCUGGAACAGUCCCUCGUGCAGAGGUGCUAAACCUCUUUAAAGCAGAUUACAAGUGAGCAACAAUUAUAUCACUGAGUAUUUUCCCCUCAACGUCCCUUUGUUGCUAAGUGACACGUGAUACUUGAAAUACUUUUUUCUAAGAGGAAAGUCCACAAUCUUCACUUCAGGUGUCUUUCACUAAUUCUCUCUUCUCUACCUCCACACUUUAUCCCCUUGUAGACGUGUAACUCUUAGGUUUAUUUAAACUUUCACACUGGUCAUAAGUUCAAAAGCUCUUCUUGAAAACACACACUUGAAUCAAAUAGCCUCCCCAACACAAGAUCUCACAUUUUUAACUUCAAUAAUAUUUCGUUUUUAUAGCUGUAUUAAUUUCUUUUGACUGAAUCUUGAACCAGAAACACUGGAAAGUAGUUAAAGAAUACACAAUAUGUGCAGUGUGUGUGGACGCCACAUCAUGAAUGUCUUAAUUUUGUUUGUGUAGAGGUUAGUGGUUGAACAGAAAGACAGAACUCCUCUUGGUGUUUGCUGUGUUAGCUUUCAGCUAAACUCCAUGAAGUCAUAAGAUGAUCAAAAUGUUCUCUUUUCCGUUGUGUGUAUGAUAUUUAUGUAAUGAGGACGACAGUGAGGCAGAGCGUCGACACGAAAACACAUUAACUCCCUCAGAAUGUCAGAGAAGAGGACAAGUAGCAACAAAUAGUAGUAAAAGCAGGUUUUCCUUAGAUACUGGAAACCCUUCCACCUUGGAUGUUUUCAUGUUUUUGUGCAAAACACUUUCUCCAGAUCCGCCACCACCCGUAAAACAUUUCUGUGGAGAUUUAUUACUCGGCCGUGUUUCAGUUUGCUAAACAAAUGUAUGCUUGUUUUGGCCUUUGUGCUGACGCAGGGCUGAAGGGAUAGAAAGACUCUCAUGUUGUUCCCCGCAGCCUGCUGGAAUUCCUGAAGAAUGCAAAAAGACCAACUUUUUGGAGACGUCUCCUCCAAAGGGGCAGCACAUGGAGAAAUACUCAUGUUAGCUCCUGCUGCUGUGUGCGUGCACACAAGCAAACAUUUGACGACUUCCCGUGUCAUUUCUUGUUUCUCUCUUGCAAUCAAAGCAGUGUUUUGUUGAGGUCGCCGGAAAGAGGGGCUUUUGUUUCAAACACUGGAGAUAUACGACAUUGAUAUGAACAGACUUUGUGGUAAAGCCAAGAAGGAAAGACAUUUCGGUGAGCCCCGGCUGACAGUGAUGACAGCAGAGACAUUUUUAAAUCUACUUUUACUGCGAUAUUUCACACCUGUUUUCUGUUGUUGUUUUGUGCCUGUUUGGAGUUUUAAAUUCCAUUAUGUUUGUAAUAUUGUGAAUAAAUUAAGCUCUCCCUCUA